GGCAGGCAGGAAGGAGACAAAGUUUAAAGCUGGUGUCUGUCUGUCCGUCGGGUAGUGUGAGGCUCCGCUCUCCUCGCCUCCCAGCAACCACAGACACGCCAGCCACGCCACGCUGCCACGCUUGGCCCUCUGGGUAACAUAUCUCUGGGAGUUGAAAUGGUUAAUGUGAUCGGGUCUGCACCAGUCACAACGCAGCACCGCACUACCUUAGCCAGUAAGGACGUUCCAACCCGACCACACUCAGCCAGCUAGCGACUUCCACACCACCACCCCCAGGCCUCCGCAAAGACAAUCAAUUUUUUUCAACUGAACCAGACCUGGUCGUUACUUGCGGUCGUCUGAAUACUUGACACCAGAAAGACUUUCUUGUGGAUGUUUUUUUUCUUUCUUCUCUCCUUCUCCAUGACUUUGUGCGUGCUCUUGGUUUAGGAGCUAGAGGUCAGGGGUCAGGCUUACCACAGUGGAACCACCAGUAGGCUUUGGUGUCACGGCAACGAGGAGCAGCAAUGGCUUCCAACAGCCUCUUCAGUACUGUUACACCAUGUCAGCAGACCUUCUUCUGGGAUCCCAGCGCCACGCGGAGGUUUAGCCCGCCGUCCGGUAGCCUCCAGCCGGUCCCGGCCAAGAUGAACGAGCUCAACACGCCGACCGGGACCGGGCAGCAAGACAGCACGGUGCCAAGGCUGCGCCUGCAGGAGAACCGGAGCAUGGCGGAGAUCAUAGCGGACCACCCGGCGGAACUGGUCCGGACUGACAGCCCAAACUUCCUCUGCUCGGUUUUACCGUCUCACUGGCGAUGCAACAAGACGCUGCCCGUCGCCUUCAAGGUUGUGGGGUUGGGAGAGGUGACUGAUGGGACGGUCGUAACGGUGAUGGCGGGGAACGAUGAGAACUACUCGGCCGAGCUGCGGAACGCAUCGGGAGUGAUGAAGAACCAGGUGGCUCGCUUUAACGACCUGCGCUUCGUGGGCCGCAGUGGACGGGGAAAGAGCUUCACGUUGACCAUCACAGUGUUCACCAACCCUCCUCAAGUAGCAACGUACCAUCGAGCCAUUAAAGUCACCGUGGACGGACCCCGCGAGCCUCGGAGACAUCGUCAGAAGCUGGAGGAGUCUCCUAAAACAGGGCUGUUCUCAGACCGUCUCAGUGAGCUGGAGAGGAUCAGACAGACAACCAUGAGGGUUGCCGUGCCGACACAGUCCCAACAACAGCCGCUCAACGCUGGACACAACCCCUUCAACCCUCAAGGGCAGACACAGAUACCAGACCCUCGCCAGUCCCAGUCGUCUCCUCCCUGGUCCUAUGAGCAGCCCUACCCGUCCUACCUGAGUCCCAUGACCUCCCCAUCUGUCCACUCCACCACGCCCCUCUCCUCCAGCCGAGCCACGGGCCUGCCCAACAUCACUGACCCGCCCCGCCGCCUGCCAGACCUCAGUCCGUUCCCAGGCCAGUUUGAUCGUCAGUUCCCGGGUCUCCCCUCUCUGACGGAGUCUCGUUUUUCCAGUCCCAGAAUGCACUACCCCACCACCUUCACCUACACUCCUCCCGUCACCGCCGCCAUGUCGCUAGGCUCCACCCACUACCACACCUACCUGCCCCCUCCCUACCCCGGUUCCGCCCAAAGUCAGAGUGGACCCUUCCAAACUAGCAGUACUCCCUAUCUUUACUAUGGAGCCUCAUCUGGGUCGUACCAGUUCUCCAUGGUUCCCGGGGGGGACCGCUCACCCUCCAGGAUGGUUCCUCCCUGCACCAGCGCUUCCACCGGCAGCUCCCUGGCUAACCCUAACCUGCCCAGCCAAGGUGGUGAGGGGGUGGUGGAGGGGGAUGGGAGUCACAGCAACUCCCCCACUGUACUCAACCCUGCUGGGGGGCGCAUGGACGAAGCUGUCUGGAGACCCUACUGAAGGAAUAGAUGAAGGAGGCGGAACACGAGGAGGAAGAAGAAGAAGAGGAGGAAGAUGAGGAGAAGAGGAGGAAGAGGAGGAUGAAGAGAAGGACCUGAUGUCAUGGUUUUUAAAGCACAAAUCCUUUUGAAAGGGGAGUUGUUGAGUUGUGAUGAAUAAACACCAGAGUCUCCUGCAUCUGGAAAUAUACUCUGAGAUAAAAUGACAAAAGGUACAAAGGGAAUGACUAGUAUGAACCUGUCUGGAGGAAUGUGCUGUGGCCAGACAGACAGACACGACAAAGGGAUCUCGUCUCUUCUCAGCAUCAAUGAGACACAAACAUUAACAAUUAUGGUAGACUGCCGGCCCCAGUGAAGACAUUAUAAUACUAAAGUAUUACCACAUAGUAAUCAUAGUACUACAAUACUACUAUAUAGUACUAUACCAUAGUACUAUAAUACUACUAUAUAGUACCAUAGUACUAUACCAUAGUACUACAAUACUACUAUAUAGUACUAUAUCAUAGUACUACAAUACUACUAUAUAGUACUAUACCAUAGUACUACAAUACUACUAUAUAGUACCAUAGUACUAUACCAUAGUACUACAAUACUACUAUAUAGUACUAUAUCAUAGUACUACAAUACUACUAUAUAGUACUAUACCAUAGUACUACAAUACUACUAUAUAGUACUAUACCAUAGUACUACAAUCCUACUAUAUAGUACUAUAUCAUAGUACUACAAUACUCCAGUAUCAUCAUCCACAGCCUACAAGACAAUUAUUCAGGCUAUUUGUAGCAGGCUUGUUUUGGAUUUCUAUAAGGCUUUUAUCUGAGCAUGUUAUGUACUAGGACUAUAUAACUGGACUAUAUAACAGGACUAUAUAACAGGACUAUAUAACUGGACUAUAUAACAGGACUAUAUAACAGGACUAUAUAACUGGACUAUAUAACAGGACUAUAUAACAGGACUAUAUAACUGGACUAUAUAACUGGACUAUAUAACAGGACUAUAUAACAGGACUAUAUAACAGGACUAUAUAACAGGACUAUAUAACAGGACUAUAUAACUGGACUAUAUAACAGGACUAUAUAACAGGACUAUAUAACAGGACUAUAUAACAGGGCUAUAUAACAGGACUAUAUAACAGGACUAUAUAACAGGACUAUAUAACUGGACUAUAUAACAGGACUAUAUAACUGGACUAUAUAACAGGACUAUAUAACAGGACUAUAUAACUGGACUAUAUAACAGGACUAUAUAACAGGACUAUAUAACAGGACUAUAUAACAGGACUAUAUAACAGGACUAUAUAACAGGACUAUAUAACAGGACUAUAUAACAGGACUAUAUAACAGGACUAUAUAACUGGACUAUAUAACUGGACUAUAUAACAGGACUAUAUAACAGGACUAUAUAACAGGACUAUAUAACAGGACUAUAUAACUGGACUAUAUAACUGGACUAUAUAACAGGACUAUAUAACAGGACUAUAUAACAGGACUAUAUAACUGGACUAUAUAACUGGACUAUAUAACAGGACUAUAUAACUGGACUAUAUAACAGGACUAUAUAACUGGACUAUAUAACAGGACUAUAUAACUGGACUAUAUAACUGGACUAUAUAACAGGACUAUAUAACUGGACUAUAUAACUGGACUAUAUAACAGGACUAUAUAACUGGACUAUAUAACAGGACUAUAUAACUGGACUAUAUAACUGGACUAUAUAACAGGACUAUAUAACUGGACUAUAUAACUGGACUAUAUAACAGGACUAUAUAACUGGACUAUAUAACAGGACUAUAUAACAGGACUAUAUAACAGGACUAUAUAACUGGACUAUAUAACUGGACUAUAUAACAGGACUAUAUAACAGGACUAUAUAACAGGACUAUAUAACUGGACUAUAUAACUGGACUAUAUAACUGGACUAUAUAACAGGACUAUAUAACUGGACUAUAUAACUGGACUAUAUAACAGGACUAUAUAACUGGACUAUAUAACAGGACUAUAUAACUGGACUAUAUAACUGGACUAUAUAACAGGACUAUAUAACAGGACUAUAUAACUGGACUAUAUAACAGGACUAUAUAACAGGACUAUAUAACAGGACUAUAUAACAGGACUAUAUAACUGGACUAUAUAACAGGACUAUAUAACUGGACUAUAUAACAGGACUAUAUAACAGGACUAUAUAACAGGACUAUAUAACAGGACUAUAUAACAGGACUAUAUAACAGGACUAUAUAACUGGACUAUAUAACAGGACUAUAUAACAGGACUAUAUAACAGGACUAUAUAACAGGACUAUAUAACUGGACUAUAUAACAGGACUAUAUAACAGGACUAUAUAACAGGACUAUAUAACUGGACUAUAUAACUGGACUAUAUAACAGGACUAUAUAACAGGACUAUAUAACAGGACUAUAUAACUGGACUAUAUAACUGGACUAUAUAACAGGACUAUAUAACUGGACUAUAUAACUGGACUAUAUAACAGGACUAUAUAACAGGACUAUAUAACUGGACUAUAUAACUGGACUAUAUAACUGGACUAUAUAACUGGACUAUAUAACAGGACUAUAUAACUGGACUAUAUAACUGGACUAUAUAACAGGACUAUAUAACUGGACUAUAUAACAGGACUAUAUAACAGGACUAUAUAACAGGACUAUAUAACAGGACUAUAUAACAGGACUAUAUAACUGGACUAUAUAACUGGACUAUAUAACUGGACUAUAUAACAGGACUAUAUAACAGGACUAUAUAACUGGACUAUAUAACUGGACUAUAUAACAGGACUAUAUAACAGGACUAUAUAACAGGACUAUAUAACUGGACUAUAUAACUGGACUAUAUAACAGGACUAUAUAACUGGACUAUAUAACUGGACUAUAUAACAGGACUAUAUAACAGGACUAUAUAACUGGACUAUAUAACUGGACUAUAUAACUGGACUAUAUAACUGGACUAUAUAACAGGACUAUAUAACUGGACUAUAUAACUGGACUAUAUAACAGGACUAUAUAACUGGACUAUAUAACUGGACUAUAUAACAGGACUAUAUAACAGGACUAUAUAACUGGACUAUAUAACUGGACUAUAUAACAGGACUAUAUAACAGGACUAUAUAACAGGACUAUAUAACAGGACUAUAUAACUGGACUAUAUAACAGGACUAUAUAACAGGACUAUAUAACAGGACUAUAUAACUGGACUAUAUAACUGGACUAUAUAACAGGACUAUAUAACAGGACUAUAUAACAGGACUAUAUAACUGGACUAUAUAACAGGACUAUAUAACAGGACUAUAUAACUGGACUAUAUAACAGGACUAUAUAACAGGACUAUAUAACUGGACUAUAUAACUGGACUAUAUAACUGGACUAUAUAACAGGACUAUAUAACAGGACUAUAUAACAGGACUAUAUAACUGGAC